AUGUUGUGUUUAAGCGGGUUGUCGGUGGCCCUCGCGCUCACUCUGGUUCCUGGAUUGUGUGAAGCUCUGAAGGAAGGAGAAUGUGAAGGUAAAUCAGCAUGCUAGCUUUAGCUAACACUUACAGCAUCGACUCUAAUGUUUCCUGCUUUCAGACUCACUUGAAAAAAAUACAUUAAUGAGAUAUGAAUCCACCGUGUGUAACAUUUAACUCUCCGUGGGGGGCAGAAGUAGCCAGGUGAAACACACUGAGCUCGUGGUUUAUGCUCCUCCUGUGAUGCUAACAGAUUAAGUUACUCAGAGCUCUUGAAGGAGAAACAUGGUCCAGAAGCUGCAGAUUUACUGUCUAAUAACAGAGAUUAAUUUAACAAAAAUUACACUGAAGUAUGACAAAUACAAAGAGCAGAGACAAAACUGGAUAUUUGGUUUUGGCAUCUGUGGAAACAAGGACAGGACUCCGGGAAACCCUGCAGCACAUUUACCCUGGAGUAUAUUACCAUAUUCAUUUACACUGAGAUGUACACUAUAGCAGAAUUUGAUGGUUUGUAGACCAUUUAAGGCAGAUAUUCUAUUGAAAAUAGUGCAAAGACAACAUGUCAAAUGUUAGAAAUAUUACUGUAACGUGAAAAAUUUGCUCAUUUGAAUUGAAUACCAGCAAAACGCUACAAAAAGUUGGUACAGGAACAAAAAACAGGUGAAGAAGUUGAGUAAUGUUGUAAAAAACAACUGGAGAAAGAUGUCCAAACUAAAGAAGUUAAUUUCCAACAACUUAGUAACAUGACAUGACACUCAAAGAUGGGAAAGGGUUCACCACUUUGUGAGAGACUGUGUGAGCUAAGAGAGUGAGCUAACAAUUUCAGAAUAAAGUUCCUGAGUGUCAAAUCUGACAGAAUGAGUGGAUAUCAUCGGCUACAGAACACAGUGUCUUUUUAAGGAUUCAACACUGUCUUAAAACCUGACAUGACUGAAGUAGAAAUCUCUGCAUGAUCUGAAAAUCAUUCAAUCUAAUUAGUGUUUGUAAACACAUUGUGUUGCUGCAUCCACUAAUGCAGGUUAAAACUAGACCAUGAUUCAGAAAUGUGCCCAAGUUUAGGUAUGAUGGACUGAGACGGGGUGGAAAACUGUUCUGUUGUGGACUGAAAAAUCUCAAUUCGACUUUGUUUUUGGGAGUCAUAGAUGCAGCAUCUUCUGCCAGAGUAGAGAGACCGCCCAGCUUGUUAUCAGCUCAUAGUUCAAAGUCAGUAUCCCUGAUAACUUAGGGAUCAUAAGUGUCCAUGGCACGGAUAGCUUACACAUUUGUGAAGGCUCCAUUAAUGCUGAACUAUAAAUCAAGAUUUAGGAGCAACAGACAGUAACUUUUUCUGAGAGGACCUUGCCAUCACCUGAUGAAGACAUUUGAGGCAUCAUGAAAUGAAUAAUGUGACAAAUUAGAUCAUUAACUUUUAAGGGAAUUCAGUAUUUUGAUGACUUACUAACCACCAAAUUUGUUUUUUAUCUCCAUUUCACAGUGUCCUAACAUUUUUGGAGUCAGGGUUGAAAAUCAAUUUGAAGUUGUUGCCAAAUUUCAUUUUGCUCUCAUGAAGUUAGUAUUUUAAGAUUGAAGCUGUUGUUAUUCACUGCAGGGGUGGGAAAUCAGCGGGUGUUGAACACAUUACACAUGACCUGUGGUAUCAACAUACAGUGACUCUGCUUUAGUCAUUGAUAUGUGGGUGUCAGUAGUCUAGAAAGUAGAGUGGUUGUCCAUCAACUGGAAGGUUGUUGGUUCAAUUCCCCCCUUUCCCUAGUCUGCCUGUUGUGUCCUUGGACAAGACACUUAACCCACCUUGCUCCUAGUGUGUGUCCUCCACUGGUGUAUGAUUGUUGAGUGAUGUUUGGUCGGAGAGGCUUUAGGCACAGAUUGGCAGCUGUGACUACGAAGGUACUUUACCAACUGUGUAAGUGAAUGAAUAAUACAAAGCACUUUAAGGGUCACUGAUAAAGCACUAUGCAUGUGAUGCAUGGAACAAAAUCUGGCUCUAUAAUGACUCAUUUCUGAAAUGUAAGUGCAAACCGCUACAGUCAUGAGCCCUUUGAUACUGCUACAGAGCCCAGUGGGUCCUCCAACAGUAUGUCUCAGUUCUCAGGUUGAGUCACAUUAUUAGUUGUACUUGAUUCCCUUCCACAGGAGAAUUGAAACUGUCUCACUCAGUCACUGAACAGGUUACACACAAAAGAAAACACAAACAGGAUCUGAGUUAUCCCCCUCGGGGAUAAGAAAAGUUCUUCUUAUCUUAUCUGUAGGCAUUCACCGGUGGGUAGAUGUCAGGGGUAAGGUGGCUGCACAGGAGUGUUUGGAAGCUUGGUAUUCUGUCCGAGGUCACUUUGUUAGUGUUCAGGAAUGACACUGGCACAUCUCUCUACAUCAGCUGCACAUGAAAAGUUUUAAAUGUGUGUUUUUCUUCUUUUCCUCAGUGUGUGUGUCCUUCCUGGGGAAGUUUUAUCAGUCACUAAAGGACAACAACGUGGAGUUUAAAAGUGCAGAAAUCGAGAAGGCCCUCUUAAAGACUUGCAAAGAUGCUAAAGGCAAAGAAAACCGCUUUGUAAGUAACUCUGUUGUUGUGUGUUUGUAACUUUCAGCCAUGUGUGUAGAUCAUUCAUGUCCCCCUUUUAAUUUAGGUUUUCAACAUUGAGCUGACAUCACUGUUUAGUGACUCAACUGCAGGGGAAAUGUUGAAAUGAGAUGUGUUUGCCGCAUAUGUGCUGGUGUUGAAUUUUCAUUUUCAGUCAUUUCAGAGAAAAAAGUUAUUUAUCUUCUGUUUGGUAAAGUAAGGCUUUGAACUGUGGGUUACAGUUUUGUUGGACUAACAUCAGUGAUAUUCCACUAUAAAGAUAGUUAGGUUGUAAUUUGACUGUGAAAUACAGAAUUAAUUCAAUUUAAUUCAAUGUCAUCUCUGUGUUUCUGAAAGUUUGAACAUCUCUAAAUUUGUCACAAAUAUUCCUUUUAUUUUAAAAAAAAAAAAACCCACACGAGUGUUUAGUGAUUUUUGUUUUUAUUUUUAACUUUUCUCAGCAGGCUUAGAGGCUAAAUUUAGAAUAGCAUCAAAGUAAAUACUGAAAUAGAAGUCACCUGUUUACCUGGUCAAAUAAGUAUCUAAAUCUGUUUUCAAAUGUGCGCUGAACUCCUGAAAAUGUUCAAAUUGAGCUUUAACUUAACUGAAAAGUCUUGUGCCGAUAUUGAGACCUCUGAUUAUUUGGCCUCUGUUAAUAACACCACCAGGUCAAAUGUUUUCCCGAGACUGACUUUCUGUCUUCUUGAAGACUAUUUGACUCUCCUUGAAAAUCUUUGAGGGACUUUUGUCUCAGUCAGUUGAGUCAAUAAAGCAUUUAAAUAAUUCCUUUCUUUUUCCAGUGUUACUACAUCGGAGCAACAAGUGAUGCAGCCACAAAGAUAAUCAACGAGGUGUCAAAGCCUCUCAGUUAUCACGCCCCUGUGGAGAAAAUCUGUGAGAAGCUCAAGAAGAAGGACAGUCAGAUCUGUGAGCUGAAAUACGGUGAGAAAAAAAAUAUUUUUCUGUAAUUACUGGUGAUUUACAAACCUAAUGUUUUAGACUGCUCCUACUAAAACUCAUGUAGACUUGGAACUCAUUUUAUUCAUAUUUUGAGCCAGUAAAUCACAGUUUUAAGGAAACUUGGGUUGCCUGCUGAAAAAGACUGAAAAGAAACAGUGUUUUGAGUACUAUGUCUUAUUUUUGUAUCUUUAUUUUGUAAAGAUAUAAAUGGAUACUCUGCACAGCAACAGUAAGACUGAAAGGAAUCUGAAAUUAUAGUGUUGCAGAAACAUAGCAUGACAACGUAGGAAAACAAAUGUGCUAUUUUCUGAUUGUUUUCAUCUCGUACUGCAGACAAGCAGCUGGAUUUGACCUCAGUGGACCUGAAGAAGCUUAAGGUGAAGGACUUGAAGAAGAUCCUGGAGGAGUGGGGAGAGUCCUGCAAAGGCUGUGCCGAAAAAUCCGACUUUAUCCGUAAAAUCACAGAGCUCAUGCCCAAGUACGCUCCCGCGGCCGCCAGAGCACGGACAGAUCUGUAG